AUGAAUAGCGUUCCAUUACCAUCAAUACCAUCUGGUGAACACGACUGUCUUAUGACUGAAGUACAAAUCCGAUCAACUUCAGCAUCAUCAAAAAAACAUAAGCAUUCAACAAAUUGGCUUAAAGCUCAUUUAUGUCAAAAUAAAUUCACAUUUGGAUUAUGUCUUUCACUUUUACUUGCUAUUGCCAUUGUUAUUUCUUUACUAUUUUUAUAUGUUUUACAUAUACGCAUACGAUCAGAGAGAGAAUUAUGUCUUACACCUGAAUGUAUCUCAUUAGCAGCUGAUACAUAUAAUGCAAUGGAUAUUACAGUUGAUCCAUGUGAGGAUUUCUAUCAAUUCGCUUGUGGUAAUUGGGAUAAAACUCAUCCAAUACCUGAAGGUCGUAAUGUUCGUUCUUCAUUUGAAUCAUUUGUCAAUGAUGUUGUUGACCUUUAUCGCGAAUUACUUCGUAAACCUGUUCUUGAUACUGAACCAGAUGCUGUAAGAAAACUUAAAAUAUUUUAUCAAGCCUGUGUUGGUCCAGAACGAGAUUCACCAACAAUUGAAAACGCAACAUAUCAUUUACUUAUUCAACAUUUAGAACGUUUUGGUGGAUUUCCUCCUCUAUAUGGUGAACGAUGGCAAUCAAAAUUAUCUCUUGAACGAUUACUUGCACAACUUCAUUUAGAAUUUAAUACUGAGCCUUUAUUUGAACUUAAAGUAGCAGCUGAUGAUAUGAAUAAUACUCAACAUAUUAUUUUGCUUAAUCAUCCAUCAUUAUUUUUACAAGCAUCAGCAGCAUAUGAAUCAGAGGAAGAAAUUGAUGCUUACUUAAAAUUUAUGGUUAGUGUAGCAACUAGUUUGGGUGUUGAACGUACACGAGCACCACAUGACAUGCAACGAAUACUCAGUUUGGAAAAAGCACUCGCCAACAUUCGUGAUGAUCAACCAUCAAAUACUGUAAUGGAUUUCUAUAAAAAAAUAAGUGUUGGAGAAUUGCAAACUAUGGUACCAUCAAUCAAUUGGACCAUAUAUUUUCAUCUUGUUUUCAAUGAAUUUAUCCCAUUAGAUGAGCCAAUUGUUGUACUUUAUGCUGAUCAAUAUAUAGGAGAUCUUGAACGACUUAUUCGUCAAUUUGAUACACGUACUAUAACAAGUUAUUGUUUGUGGCGUGUUAUCGCUAGUCUUGUACCUGAUUUGAGUAAGAGUUUUCGUGAAGCUCAUUAUGAACUUGUACGUCUUACUCAGGGAGCUGCUCCUCAUGGUAUCGGUUCACAUUGUUUAUUAAAUCGAGCUGAUGAAACAUUUGCUCAACCAAUGACAUAUCUCUAUUUAAAAUCUCAAUCAGAUGAUAGCAUUCGUGAAGAAUUACAAGAGCUUAUACAAAAUAUUCGAAGUACAUUUUAUGAAACAAUUAAACGUAAUACUUGGAUGACAAAUGAUACAAAAAAAGUAGCACUUGCUAAAGCACAACUAAUGAGUGAAUUCAUAGCUUAUCCACUUGAAACACUUAAUGAAACUUAUUUAAAUUUAAGUCAUGCUCAUUUAAAUAUUUCAUUUGAUAAUCAUUUAAAUAAUGUUAUUAAUUUAUUGGGAAAUGAAGUAAGAAAAAAUAUUGCUCUCUUUCGAAAACCUGUCGAUAAGAAACAAUGGAUGACAAGUUCAGCUCAAGUAAAUGCACUUUAUGAUAGUAAUCGUAAUGCUAUUAUCAUACCCGUUGGCAUGACACGACCAUUUCUUUAUAAUUCAAAAUUUCCACAUUUUGUUAUUUAUGGUCGUAUUGGUAUGGUUAUAGCACAUGAGAUAAUACAUGGUUUUGAUACAAAUGGACGUUAUUUUGAUGAACAUGGAAAUUUAUUUCAAUGGUGGAAUAACGAAACAGAUGCUACAUAUCGAGAAACGGAACGUUGUAUUGUUGAGCAAUAUUCAAAUUAUACAUAUGAACAAGUUAAUAUGACUUUAAAUGGAAAUACAACACGCUCAGAAAAUAUAGCUGACAUAGCUGGAACGGAUUUAGCAUUUCUUGCUUAUAAACAAUGGUUAAAAGUACAUGGUGAUGAACGUCGAUUACCAUUACUUGAUAAAUAUACAUCAGAACAAAUGUUUUUUAUAGCUUUUAGUCAAAUAUGGUGUGGAAAUUAUUUAAAUGAACGUUUACGAAAAGAUAUACGUGACAUGAUUCAUACACCAUUUCGAUAUCGAAUGAUUGGUUCAUUACAUUCAAGUCAUCAUUUUAGUCAAACAUUUCAAUGUAAUCCAAAUGCAAAAAUGAAUCGGCAAAUAAAAUGUACUGUUUUUUGA